AUGGCUGCCACAAGUGUCUGUGUCCCCAGGAGCAUUGAGCAGGCGGCUGCCACGACUGGUGCACUAAGCACAGGCGGCUGCCGCGACCGGCGCAAAGCGCAGACGGCUGCUGCGACCAGUGCACUAAGCGCAGCCGAGAGGAGUCACUCCAUGUCUGAGGAAGGCACCAGAGUAGUUCAACCCAUAUUUUUGGGGAAAAUGAUUAGUUAUGUUGAAAACUACGAUCCCACGGAUUCUGCCGCUUUGCACGAAGCCUACGGCUAUGCGGCAGGGCUGAGCGCCUGCGUGCUCGUGUGGGCCGUUCUGCACCACUUGUACUUCUAUCACAUCCAGCGCGUGGGGAUGAGGCUGAGAGUAGCCGUGUGCCAUAUGAUCUACCGCAAGGCCCUUCGCCUGAGUAGCUCCGCCAUGGGGAAGACCACCACAGGCCAGGUAGUCAACCUGCUGUCCAACGAUGUGAACAGGUUUGACCAGGUAACGAUGUUCUUGCACUAUCUGUGGGUGGGGCCAUUGCAGGCUCUCGCAGUGACUGCCUUGCUCUGGAUGGAAAUAGGAAUAUCAUGUCUUGCCGGGAUGGCGGUUCUCAUCAUUCUUCUGCUUUUGCAAAGCUGCUUUGGGAAGUUGUUUUCAUCACUCUGGAGUAAGACCGCUGCUCUCACAGACAAGAGGAUCAGGACCAUGAGCGAAGUCAUAACUGGCAUCAGAACAAUAAAAAUGAAUGCUUGGGAAAAGUCAUUUAUAGACCGUAUUACCAGACUGAGAAGUAAGGAAAUUUCCAAGAUUCUGAAAAGUUCCUACCUUAGGGGCAUGAAUUUGGCAUCAUUUUUCACUGUGAGCAAAAUCAUGAUUUUUGUCACCUUCAUCACCAAUGAGCUCCUUGACAACCGGAUCACAGCCAGCCAAGUGUUUGUGGUGGUGACGCUGUUUGAGGCUCUGCGGUUCUCGAGUACCCUCUACUUCCCCGUGGCCAUCGAGAAGGUGUCAGAGGCUGUCAUCAGCCUCCGAAGAAUAAAGAAUUUUUUAUCACUUGAUGAAAUACCACAGCUCAACACUCAGCUGCCAUCAGAUGGUGAAAUGAUGGUGAACAUGCAAAAUUUCACUGCUUUUUGGGAUGAGGAAUUGGAAUCACCAACCCUAAAAGGUGUUUCGUUUACUGUCAGACCGGCUGAACUGUUGACUGUGGCUGGACCUGUGGGAGCAGGAAAGUCGUCACUGUUACGUGCUCUGCUGGGGGAGCUGCCCCCGAGCCAGGGGAAGGUCAGUGUGCACGGGAGGAUCGCCUAUGUUUCUCAGCAGCCCUGGAUGUUUCCAGGAACUGUGAGAAGUAACAUUUUAUUUGGGAAGAAAUACGAAGAAGAGCGAUAUGAAAAAGUAAUAAAGGCUUGUGCUUUGGAAGAGGAUUUCCAGAAUUUGAAGGAAAGAGAUCUAACUGUGACAGGAGAUGGAGGAACCCCGCUGAGUGAAGGACAGAAAGCCCGGGUCAGCCUCGCCAGAGCCGUGUAUCAGGACGCAGACAUCUACCUCCUGGACGAUCCGCUCAGUGCAGUGGAUGCAGCAGUCAGCAGGCACUUGUUUGAACAGUGUAUUCGUCAGGCCUUGAAGGAGAAGAUCACAAUCUUAGUCACUCAUCAGUUGCAAUACCUAAAAGAUGCAAGUCAGAUUCUGAUAUUGAAAGAUGACAAAACGGUGGAAAGGGGGACUUACUCUGAGUUCCUGAAAUCUGGGGUAGAUAUUUUUUCCCUUUUUGGGAAGGGAAAUAAGCAGCCUGAAUCAUCUCCAGUUCCAGGAACUCCUACUCUGACCUCCGAGUCUCUGGUUCAGUCUCCACUGUCUCCCAGACCCUCCUUAAAAGAUGCGGCUCCAGAAGACCGAGAUACUGAGAAUAUACAGGUUACACUACCUCUAGAGGACUAUUUGGAAGGAAAAGUUGGUUUUAAGACCUGUAAGAAUUACUUCACAGCUGGUGCUGCCUGGCCUGUCGUCACCUUCCUUAUUCUAGUAAACAUCACAGCUCAGGUUGCCUACUUCCUGCAGGACUGGUGGCUUGCAUUCUGGGCGAAUGUACAAGGUGACCUGUAUUCUGGGGCAUUAGUAAAAGAAGAUGUAGAUACGAUGCUCAUUCUGAACUGGUACUUAAGAGUUUAUUCAGGGUUAACUGUGUCUACCAUCCUUUUUGGCAUCACACGGUCUCUGUUGAUAUUCUACAUCCUUGUUAAUUCUUCACAAACUUUGCACAACAAAAUAUUGGAGUCCAUUUUGAGAGCUCCCAUAUUGUUCUUCAAUAGCAAUCCAAUAGGAAGAAUUUUAAAUCGUUUCUCCAAAGACAUUGGGCAUAUGGAUGACUUGCUGCCUUUGAUAUUUCAAGAUUUCAUCCAGGCUUUUUUACUUGUGAUCGGUGUGGUAGGCGUGAUGGUGGCAGUGAUUCCUUGGAUUGCAAUACCCGUGAUUCCCCUUGGCAUUGCGUUCUUUUUUCUCCAGCGAUAUUUCUCAGCAACUUCACGAGAUGUUAAACGCCUGGAAUGUGCAACACGGAGCCCGGUAUUUGCCCACUUAGCAUCUUCUCUCCGGGGACUCUGGACCAUCCGGGCAUACAAAACUGAACAGAGUUUUCAGGAGCUGUUUGAUGGACACCAGGACUUGCAUUCAGAGGCUUGGUUCCUGCUUUUGACGACGUCCCGAUGGCUCGCUGUGUAUCUAGAUGUCAUCUGUGCCGUCUUCGUCACUGUUGUUGCCUUUGUGUCCCUGAUUCUUGCAGAUGCUUUGACUCCCGGGCAGGUUGGCCUGGUCCUGUCUCUUGCCCUCACACUCACGGGGAUGUUCCAGUGGUGCGUCAGACAAAGGACCGAAGUUGAGAACCUGAUGAUUUCAGUAGAAAGAGUGAUGGAAUAUUUAGACCUUGAGAAAGAAGCUCCCUGGGAAUACAAGGAUCGUCCCCCGCCACCCUGGACUAAUAAAGGAAGGAUUUGGUUUAACACUGUUUACUUCAGGCACACCUUAGAUGGGCCUCUGGUAUUGAAGAACCUGACCACAGUCAUUGAAUCAAGAAAAAAGGUUGGCAUUGUGGGAAGAACAGGAGCUGGAAAAAGUUCUGUUUUUUCUGCAGUUUUUCGAUUGUCAGAACCCAAAGGCUCACUUUGGGUUGAUCAUUGUCGGAUAGGAGAUGCUGGACUUCACGAUUUAAGGAAGAAAAUGUCAAUCAUAUUACAGGAACCUGUUUUAUUCACUGGAACAAUGAGGAAAAAUCUGGAUCCUUUUAAUGAACAUACAGAUAAGGAACUGUGGAAUGCCUUAGAAGAGGUACAACUUAAAGAAACAAUCGAAAGUCUUCCUGGUAAAAUGGAUACUGUCUUAGCAGAAACAGGAUCAAAUAUGAGUGUUGGACAGAGACAGUUGGUGUGUCUUGCCAGGGUUAUUCUCAAGACAAAUCAGAUAUUGAUUAUUGACAAAGCCACAUCGAAUGUGGAUCCAAGAACUGAUGAAUUAAUAAAAAAAGCAAUCCAUGAGAAAUUUGCCCAGUGCACUGUGGUAACCAUCACACACAGAUUGAGCACCAUUAUUGACAGUGACAAGAUAAUGGUUUUGGAUUCAGGGACAGUGAAAGAAUAUAGUCCACCACAUGAUUUGCUACAAAAGAGUAAGAGCCUAUUUUACAAGAUGGUGCAACAACUGGGUGAGGCUGAGGCCACUGCGCUCACUGAAAGAGCCAAACAGGUGCCCACCAAAAAGAAAUAACCAGAUGUUACUCACAGUGGUCAUGUGGUUAUGAAUGCUUCCAAUGGACAACCCUCAGCCUUAAUGAUUGUUGAAUCAAUGCUGUGA